AUGUUUCGGCUCGGCAGCGUCCUCAACGUCCAACACAGCGGGCUUUGGACGGUCAAGCCCCAAUAUGACGUCAAUCAGGCGAACCAACUGAACCCACAUUUCAUCGGUCUUCGCGACCGGGCACAACGGGAAGGUGACGCGAUGGCGCGUGCAUUCAAUGCGAGCCAAGUAGCGUACCGGUCUGGCCAAGGGGCACGCGCUAAAGAACUAUCUGAAGAAGGCAAUACCCAUAAGGCUGAAAUGGAGCGCUUGAACCGCGAGGCUAGCCUGUGGAUCUUCCGUGAAAACAAUAGAAAUAGUCAAUCAGGCGAUAUUGACCUUCACGGUCUAUAUGUCAAGGAAGCCGUCAAGUUCGCGGAGAGGGCUAUCAUCAAGGCACAGAGAAAAGGACACUCUGAAAUCCAGUUCAUCGUAGGCAAAGGCUUGCGCUCUCCGAGCGCACAGGUGACGAUCAGGUCGGCCAUUGAGGAUCUUAUUAGCAACUACUACAGAUUUGAUGCCGCCUAUCACCCUGAUAACGCUGGUGUUCUCGUCGUGCGCUUGAAGCCUGACGGUGCCCUCGGAUGCACAUAA